AUGACCUACAGGUGGAUCCUCCCAAUGGCCCUCCUGCUGUGUUUCUCCACCACGGCUCUUUCUGUGAACUAUGACUUGCUUCGGUCCCAACUAAGAAGCAGCAAUUCAGCAUGUCUGAUGCUCCUGCGGCAGUUGAAUGGAGCCCCUCAACGUUGCCCCGAGGACACAAUGAACUUCCAGGUCCCUGAGGAGAUUGAGCAAGCACAGCAGUUCCAGAAGGAGGAUGCUGCAUUGGUCAUCUAUGAGAUGCUCCAGCACACCUGGCGUAUUUUCAGAAGAAAUUUCGCUAGCACUGGCUGGAAUGAGACCAUCGUUAAGAACCUCCUUGUGGAAGUCCAUCUGCAGAUGGACCGUCUGGAGACAAACCUGGAGGAAAUAAUGGAGGAGGAAAGCUCCACCUGGGGAAACACAACCAUUCUGCGCCUGAAGAAAUACUACGGAAGGAUCUCGCAGUACCUGAAGGCCAAGAAGUACAGCCACUGUGCCUGGACAGUGGUCCAAGCGGAAAUGCUCAGGAACUUGGCCUUCCUUAACGGACUCACAGAUUACCUCCAAAACUGA